UGAACUCUUGGAGACCUACUGCAGGGGACUUGAGGACGUUGCGGGAGAGACGGUGCUGACAGUCGACGACUGUCUCAGAGAGCUGCGAGUCAACGCCUUCUUCGGCGUCAUUAUGGCGAUUGUCAGCAGCAUCCAAGCCGGUCGGACAGAUCGUGGUGAUCGGAUGUUCAUGACCAUGCUCGCACGCCACUGCGAGCUGGUUUUUGACCUGGACGCCAUGGCCCUGCUCCAGGAAGCAGACGCCGAGGAUAUGACACCACUGCAGCCAACCACAGAGGACGAGAGACAACACACGCCGGGUAUUGAAAAGGACUGGAACGAGAGUUGGUACUUUGACUUUGUGGAUCAAGAGCAGGGAGUUGCUGGCUGGGUGCGCAUGGGUCUUGUUCCAAACCGGGAUGGCAACUGGUACCACGCGACACUGACAAGAGAUGGGAAGCCGACAAUUGUGAUUUCCGAGUUUCUUGCCCCACAACCCCAGGACAAUCUACACCUCCACACAGAUAACGUCGACGCCACACAUCAAGUCAUGAAACCACUGGAGCAGUUCAGGCUGACUUUGAAGGGGAGAGGUCACUAUCACAACAAUCAAGCAUUCUUUGACGCGAGCGAGGAAGCUACGACACUGGGACUUGACCUGUCCUUUGCCACGGAUGGUGUCCCUUACCGCUACAGAAUCACUACCAGAUACGAGAUCCCGUGCAAGGUGUCGGGGACGGUUACACUGGACGAUGGCAGCAUCAUUACCCUCCAUGACGUGCCUGGCCAAAGAGACCACUCGUUUGGUGUGCGUGACUGGUGGUCGAUGGACUGGGUGUGGGCCUCGUUCCACCUCGACAACGGCCAACACUUCCACGCGACCGAUUUACGGCUUCCCGAGGUGCCGCGCAUCGGCAUGGGCUACUCCCAGCGUGGCGGCAGCGCCUGCGAGAUUGAGAAAUUGUCCUGCGCCGAGACCAAGGACGUCGCUGGUCUUGUGACAUCCAUGACCAUGAUGGUCAAGUUGCAUGGCUCAGAUGAAGACAUCCUCGUUAAAGUUACACCAAAGAGCCACACGGCUCUCAAGCUACCGAGCCCGGAUACGCGAGUGGCCCUUUUCGACCGAGCGUGGGCCGAAGUCGAGCUACAGACUGGGGAGAGAGGAGUGGGCUGGUUCGAGUGGAACCAUAAUCCGACUGUAGGAGGGGAGCUGGUUACGGACUAAUUUCAUUCAAGGCGUAACAAACACU